GUUUACAUUGUGUACGCCAGGCUUGAAGGCUUUGCUUCAACACAUUAGGGACUAUGAUUCUCGUUGCCUUUAGCAUGGGCGGGGCGUAGUUUUGUUCUGUUUUGCAUUUCGUAUGUCGAAAUGAGAGCAGAAACGUUCAUCUUGACAUCACAUGUUGAAGGCCUAUUCAUAUUUCGACCUUAGAGAACGGUUUGGGGCAACUUGGGAAGACUCAUUUUAACAGCAGCAGCAGCAGCAGCAGCAGCAGCAACAACAGCGAAUAAUAAGGAGAAAUAGAAAAUUUGGACCUUAAUAAGAGUGUUUGCCUGAGGUCACACCAUGGGACAGCUGAAGACGUUUGAGAUACUUAUCAACAACGCUGAUUGUACUGUGGAGAGCGGCAACACACUGAAGGGACAGUUGGUCAUAGAGAACUCAUCAGACAUUGGAAUUAAAAGUAUUUCUGUCCAAUGCUUUGGGAAGUGUCAUGUUCAAUGGAUGGACGCAAAGAAUGCAGCACCGCUGGCGGAGAUCCAAAUCGGAGUGAGCCCAACCACCACGGGAGACGAAGUUUACAUGCACGAUGCUAAAGUUGUCUUUCCUCCUGAUGUCCGUUCCAACCACGACUUCUCCUCAACCCACAUUCUCAAGAAAGGCCAGCACACGUUCCCUUUCGCCUUCCCCGUUCCUGCCACAGCCCCCUCUUCUUACACCAGUGAGAACGGCUAUGUCAAGUAUGUGGUGCGUGCUGCCAUAGAGCGACUUUGGAAGACGGAGAGUAACGUCCGCACUUUCAAUGUACGCUCACCUCUUGACCUCAGCGAAGUAACAGAUGCUCAGAUCACAGAUUACAAGUCUGGUAUUUUCAAGCACAAAGUGGACAAAGUCAUAGCAAAAACUCGCGUUGACAAGGUGUCUGCAGGUGGCCAGCUCGAUUCAGUGUACAACGGAUUGAAGAUACCUCACAAUUCGCCACCCUCUCAUCUCCACGGCUGCAAGUACAUUCACGUCAGAUACGUAGUUGAGCUGCACGUGAAACCUGGUGUUUUGUCUGUGAAGAAGUUGAAGAUUGGUGGAAAGCUUGUGGUUGGUACAACUCAUCGACGUAUUCCCUUUGGAGUGGGUCUUCACAGAGUCUUUGAACCCCCACCCUCAUACGAUGAUAUCCCUCCCAGUUAUGAAGAGGCAAUGCGGAACAGGGUGAACGCAGUUCCGGAGACUAUCAGUGCCUGCCAAAGUACGCCUGCACCACAGAGUACAACAAACACUGCGGCUACUCGACAAAGUCGAAUCCCGUCGAUGUUACCUGAAACUCCAGUAGGACAGUACCGCAGCAACAGCUUACGGAUAUCUGUUCUCAAAAGGAAUUUGUUGAACCGCAGCCUGUCAGUGCCUCCAUCCUUAUCUUCAUCAAAGAGCAACGAAGCCGUACCUCACGAAAUGAGAAACUUAUUGUGUCGCAAUUGAAGCCAUGAUUACUCCACCCUCCCUCCCUCUCUCCCUUUCCCUCUUCCCUCCCCCCUGU